AUGUCUACUACGGAUAGUUAUCAUGACUCAGCUUCCAGCGACCCUGAAAGGUUGCAUUGGAACCCAGCCAUGGAAUACCUGUUUGGUGUGCUGCUUGUGAUAAUUACGUUAAUGGCAGUAAUAUUGCUGAAGUUUUCAUGCUCCAAACUUCAGCCUGCACCAAACCCACCACCAAGCUACCACUCUGAGAGGCCCGAGCAGCAGCUGGAGAUCAAGCUAGAAAAUUAUGAUGCGCCAGCAGCAUCUGAUGAGGUCUUUGUUAUUAUGGCUGGAGAACAAACACCCAGUUGCUUGGCUAAACCGGUUGCUUCUCCCACUACUCGGCCAUGUGAACAAGGUGAGAGUGAUUUCCAAUCAUUUGAGACAAAGGAAAUAGCAGUUUCCUUCAAUUUUAUAAUUGAAAUAAGUUGCAAAUGGUUAAUGAAGUAG